AUGGAUGAUUUGUAUCAACUGAUGCAAUCUAGAGAUGUAAAUAUCUUGCAAAAAAAAUUUGGAGGUAUCAAAGGAUUAGAAACUAAAUUGAAAACAAACCUUCUUACAGGUUUAACAUAUAAUCGGAAUGAUAUGAGAGCACGUCGUAAAGCAUUUGGUGAACCAGAGUUGCAGCGGCGUGGAACUGACAAAUUUCCAUAUUUAUUAGCUGGUUCUUAUAUUCAGGAUGGUGAUGGAAAAUUAUUGGUAUUGGCUGUUGGUGAGCAUACGCAGUAUAAUUCUUUGCGAUGCUUAUGUGAACACCAUUAUAUUUUUAUCGGAUAA